UCAUAUAAGUAAGGUGGAGUUCGCUCCGUACAACUGUUGGGGUCUUAAUAAGUCCUCUGGUAGGUAGGGGGAGAAGAGCUUCUUUUGCCACAGACCACAGAAUGGGAAGCAUCACUUGCCAAGAUGCAAAGAUAUGCAAUUCUGCCAAGUGAGCUGAAAUUUAAGCCCAGCCAGCUUAAAAAUGAUGCCCUGAAAUAAUGCACAGCUCCAGCACAGCAGCUGCAGGGUUUAGUUACCGUCACUUGCAAGAUCUUGCAACCGUUUUAGGGCUGCGCAGUUCGAGCCUUCAUCUCUUAUAGGACUGUGUGAAGCACCGUUUAAGAAACGUUUUGCCUGACAACUUCGCUUUCUGAACUGGGCUUCUUUUAGGACACACCAUUUUUCUGGCUGCAGUCUAGAGGUCUGGGAGAAUCAUCAUGAAAGGUGAAGAAACCCGGCAGCGACGGAAGGAAGGCAGAGCCAGAAAUGGAGAGCGAUCGAGGCACAAAGCAAAGAGCAGGAGUAAACAUAAAGAGGGCAGGCUUGGCAGCCAGGGGACAGAGGAUGGCCCUUUGCUCCUGCCUCCAAAGCAGCCUGCCGAAGCAAAAGUGGCGAUGGCAAAGCUUCAGGAGGAAUCUGCCUUCACCAUCGGCCUACAGGUGCUCCUGCCAUACAUGCUCGCAGGCAUCGGAAUGGUCCUUGCGGGAAUGGUCCUGGAUUACGUUCAGCACUGGAAAGUGUUUAAGACAAUCACAGAACUAUUUAUCUUGAUUCCAGCCCUGGUUGGCUUGAAGGGCAACCUGGAAAUGACCUUGGCUUCUAGACUUUCUACUGCUGCUAAUACUGGGCGGAUGGAUGAUUCUCAGGAACAGUGGAAAAUGGUUACCUGUAAUUUGGCCUUGAUUCAGGUGCAGGCCACGGUGGUGGGGCUGCUGGCAGCUCUCGCAGCAGUCUUUCUAGGCGCUUUGUCCAAGGGGCACAUAGAGCUGAACGAAGCAGCCGUGCUGUGCGCCAGCAGUUUGACGACAGCAUUCAUAGCUGCCCUGUUGCUCGGUCUGGUGAUGAUUGGCGUCAUCCUGGGUGCAAGAAGGGUGGGGAUUAACCCCGAUAACAUUGCCACCCCUAUAGCUGCAAGCCUUGGAGACCUGAUAACCCUUUCCCUGCUGGCUGGUAUCAGCAGCACCCUCUUCAAAUACAUGGAGAUUAGAUACCUUUCGCCCUUGAUCUGUGCUGUCUUCGUUGUGAUGCUUCCUCUGUGGAUAGCUAUUGCCAGGCAGAGUCCUCCCAUUGCAGAAGUCUUGAAGUCUGGAUGGCAGCCAGUCAUUGUGGCCAUGUCCAUUAGCAGCCUUGGGGGACUAAUCUUGGACAAGACCAUAACAAACCCAAACUUUGAAGGCAUGGCUGUUUUCACCCCUGUGAUCAAUGGUGUCGGCGGCAAUUUGGUGGCCAUCCAGGCCAGCCGCAUCUCUACAUUUCUGCACUUCUGGAGCAUGCCUGGAGUCCUGCCACACAAGCUGAGGCAGCACUGGCCUAAUCCAUGCACCACCUUCUUCUCUUCAGGGGUGAAUUCAAAGUCCGCUCGGGUCCUGAUGCUGCUAGUGAUCCCAGGGCACCUAUUGUUCCUUUACAGCAUUCAUCUCCUCCAGGCAGGCCACACGGCGCUCACCUUCAUGUUUGUGGCAUUUUACCUGAUGGCUGCUCUCCUGCAGGUGGGAAUUCUGCUCUACGUAGCUGACCUUGUCGUACGGCUGACGUGGAGAAAGGGCCUGGAUCCUGACAAUUACUCCAUCCCCUACCUCACUGCUCUGGGAGACCUCCUGGGCACUGGGUUCCUGGCCCUUUGCUUCUACUUGGUUUGGCUGCUUAAUGGGUUGGAAUUGAAACUGGGAAACUAACGGAGGCUUCUGCUACAGUGCUGGCCUACCUGCUGCUCUGAGAAAACAAAAC